AUGUCAUUAACUUUAAUUCGUCAUGAUGAGGAAGAAAAAAGAAGAAACAGUGUUCACAAUCCCACUGGAAGAAUAGGACACUCUCUUCACUUCUAUUAUGAUAUAAGUCAGACGAAGGAUGUUUGUGAACAGAGUUCAAUGCAUGAAAAGGAAGAGAAUGAACUUAAUGACAAUAAUGUAAAUGAUGAAAACAAUAAUAUGAAUGGUUAUAAUGAUUUUAUAAAUGGGAAAUAUAAAAUAGUAUUAUAUGGUGGUGGGUUACUAGACUAUGAUUUCACAAAAAAUUAUGCCAGUGAAUUUUUAAUGAAUGUUCAUGGAGAUAUGACCAAAUGUGAUAAUAAUGAAAAUGAUAAGGAUAGAAAAAGUAAUAUAUAUAAUUCAACAAGUAUAGAAAAUUAUUUAAUUAAAACAUAUAAUGAUACAUAUAUAUGUGAAGAAGAAAAUGAAAAAUUUAUAAAUUGGAAAAAAAUCAAAACGUAUAAUGUACCUUCACCUAGGGCUUUUCAAGCUUCAUGUGUAGUAAAUUUAGGACGUAAUGGAGUAUUUCUAUUUGUACAUGGGGGGAAAAAAAAAAAUAAUAUAUUAGCAGACAAUAAAUUGCAUGCCUUGAAUUUAACUGUUGUAUCUUCUUAUGGUAAUAAUGAAAAGGUGACGAAUGAUGAUAAUAAUAAUAAUAGUAAUACUAAUCAAAGUGAUAGUAAUAAUAAUAAUAAUAAUAAUAAUAAAAACCUAUGUGAUAGUAAUAAUGAAGGUAAUUACCAUUGUGAUCAAGAAUGUAACCCUUAUAAUGAACAAUCUUCAAAAAUUGCAGAAAAUAAUAUUAAUCAGUUAAAUAAUUCAAACUUGUUAAACGAACAUAAAAUUAGUUCUAUGAAUAAUAUUUGCUUAAGUAACAAUAUAGAAAAAAAAAAUAAAAAUCAAGGGAACUGUUCAUCCUCAUCAUGUGUUGACUCAAAUAAUCAUGUUUCUUCAUCAACGCCUUCUUUAACUUCAUCCUCAAAUUCAUCAGAUUCUUCAAAAUUAUCUCGACCUCCAUUCUAUUUUAAAAACGAAAAAGAUAUGAUAAAUGAUACUAACGGUGUAUAUAUAAAUUCUCGUAAACCUAUUAACGAUAUGUUAAAAACAGACACAUCCAGUUGCUCUAAUUACAGUUCGGAUUAUUCAUAUACAAGCGAAUCAGAAAAAAUUAAAAGAAAAUGGGUAGAAAUUAAAAUCAAAGGGAAAAAACCUAGCAAGAGAUAUGGACAUAGUUUAGAUUUUUUAUAUCCACACCUUGUUUUAUUUGGUGGAAAUGAAGAAAUUUGUGAUGAAGAUAAUUCUUUUUGUAAAAAUGAUUUAUGGAUUCUAAAUAUUAAAAAAUGUAAAAAAGGAAAAGAAACAAAAAAUGGACAUACAUAUUGUUAUUCCUAUUUUCUAUGGGAAGAAGUAAAUUAUCAAUAUGUAAAUCCAUUUGGAAGAUCUUUUCAUUCAACUGCAAUUUGGUAUGAUACAAAAAAAAAAAAAAAUAAUUUAAUUUUAUAUGGUGGUAAAAUGAAAAAUCAAAAUCUUUGUAGUAGAUUAUUUUUAUUACAAUAUAAUGGAUAUAUAUGGUCUUGGUCUAUCUUACCUGUAUAUGUUAAUACUUUAAAUGAACAUAGAGCAUAUCAUUCUAUGAUAUGUGCUAAUAAUUAUAUAUUUAUUAUAGGAGGUGAAGAAUAUAAUUAUAAAUAUAUAGAAAAAAUGCCUUCAGCCUUAUAUUCUUUUGAAUCUAAAAAAUUUCAGUAUAUUAAUGAUUUUACAGCAAAGGCAUGUCUAAAAUGUUUUGCAAAACAAGAUAUUAUUUAUUCAUGGGGGGGAUUUACAGAUAUACCAUUUGAUCAUAAUUUCUUCCCAAAUAAUUUUGUUCUGCUUCAUAUGAAUGUACAUAUCGCUUCUACACAAAUAAAAGAUGGAUUAUCAGAUGAUAACGAUGGAAAUGUUAGUUUAAUUAUGAACAUAGAGGAGAAUCCAGAUGACAAUAUAUAUAAAAGGAUGAGUAAAAGAGUAAUGAAAAUAGAAAAUAAAAAAAACCAACUAGAAAAAGAUUUAUCAUAUCAGAUCAAAUUAAAUGAAAAUAUGAAUUCUCAAUUAAAGGAACAAAUAACACAAUAUCAAAAAAUUAUGUAUUUGUUAAAUGUAAAGAAUAAGCAAAAUGCAUAUUUGUUAGAUUUAUUAAAAAAAAAAAGCGGUUACAUGGUAGAUAAUAUGAAAGGGGAAUUGGAAAAUAAUAAUAACCUUGUUAGUGGCGAUAUACAAAAUAAUAAUCUUGUCAAUAACAAUUUUGCGUUCAACAAUAUUAAUAAUAAUUAUAAUGUAUAUGAAAACUCUAACGUUAUUCCGGAAAACACAUUAAAUGUUAUGGGCGCAAAUAAUAUGCAUAACGAAAUAAAUAGCAAUAAUAAUAACAAUAAUAAUGAUAACAAUAAUAACAAUAAUAAUGAUAAUAAUAAUAAUAAUAAUAAUAUUGAGCAAUAUAGACAAAGUACUACAAUAAUAAAUACACCAAACCAAAAUAUGUUCGAUAACAAUAACAAUUUUAAUAAUUCAGUAGAUAAUAUAAAUAGUUACAAUGAAAUUAUUUUCCAUCAAAAUGUACAAAAUUACAUAACUCCCAAUGGAACUACAAAAGAUAAUAUACAAAAUGGUUUACAAAAUAAUAUGCAACAAUGCUCUCAAUCCAUAGAUCAACUAAAUGUUUUCAAUAAUGAACAAAUAAAAAAUGAUUUAUUAAAUAUUGAAAAUAAUAUAUCAAACACCUCGGGAAAUACAAAUAAUUAUUAUUUAAAUGGAAAUGUUAAUGUUAAUAACAACAAUUUUGAUUUUAAUUUAAAUGUAAAUGACUAUUCAAAUUUUGUUACGGAUAAAUUACCGCCUUAUAGUAAUUCAUCUGACCUGUUCAUAAAUAAUAACAUGAAUUUUCUGAACGACGCUAGUACUAGCCAUGUUAAUUUUCCGCUAGCUAAUUCUCAAGUUGUUCAGGUAAAUAAUAAUUAUAUUGGCAAUAUGGAAGCAAGUGUAAAACAUAACAUAAGUGUGGAGAAUACAUUAAAUGAAAUAAAAGCGCCUGAAGUGGAAUUACCAUCAAAUCAAAGGGCUCGUAGAAAAACAGCUGAAAAAUGUUUAAAAUUAAUAGAGCAAGAUAGAUUAAGCAGGAUGCAAAGUGAAAGCAAUGCUCAAUAA